CAGCCAUGUCGGAGCCGGGCGGGGGAGUUCUCGCGAGAGCUGGCGCGGCGGGCGGGUCGGUGGGCGGGGCCUGGAUGCCACGUCUGGUCUGAGACCGGCGAGUCUCUCGCAGCCCGGGCGAUGGCGAUGAGCGGCGGCGGCGGCGGGGGUCUCCGGGGGGCGAGGGCGGCCCUGGCGGUCUGCGCGGCCUUGCUAUGCGUCGCCUCCGCCCAGCACGGGCACGCGCACGGGGACCACGGGCACGCGCACGGGCCCGGGGGCCACGGGCACACCCACGAGCACAUCUGGCACGGGCCCGGCACGGGAGACCCGGCCCACGAGGAAGGGCACAGCCACGCCCACGAAGGACACGGACACGCCCAUGGACACGCCCACGAAGGUCGUCACAGCCACGCCCACGAGGACCACCACCACCCUCACCCCCUGUACAGCCAGGAGGGUCCCGCGGGAUCCCCGCCCAGGAGGGAGAAGCUGGAGCCCCUCUGGCUGUGGAGCUACGCUCUGGGGGCGACCCUCCUGAUCAGCGCCGCCCCCUACCUCAUCCUCUUCCUGAUCCCCGUGGAGUCCAACAGCCCCCAGCACCAGGCCCUGCUCAAGCUGCUGCUCAGCUUCGCCUCGGGGGGCCUGCUGGGGGACGCCUUCCUGCACCUCAUCCCCCACGCCCUGGAGCCACACGGCCCUCACGGAGAAGCUGGCGGCCACGACCAUUCCCACGCCAAGCGCUCCGGCCACGGUCAUUCCCACCAAGGCCCCGACCACCAGCACACGAUGGCCGUCGGCCUCUGGGUCCUGAGCGGCGUCGUGGCCUUCCUCGUGGUGGAGAAGUUUGUCCGACACGUCAAAGGGGGACACGGGCACAGCCACGGACACACUCAUGGGGUCAAGGCCAAGGGCAGCGAUGACGAAGGAGAGAAGGAGGGGGUCCCAGGGCCGGCCAGGAAAGCGGCAGCCCCCGCCAGGAAGACAGAGGCGCCUCCAGAGUCCACCAUGCGUGUGGCCGGCUACCUCAACCUGGCCGCCGACUUUGCCCACAAUUUCACAGACGGGCUGGCCUUGGGCGCCUCCUUUGUGGCAGGCACCGGCGUGGGCGCCGUCACCACCCUGACCGUCCUGCUCCACGAGGUCCCCCACGAAGUGGGCGACUUCGCCAUCCUGGUCCAGUCCGGCUGCACGAAGCGCAAGGCCAUGAAGCUGCAGCUGGUGACGGCUGUGGGGGCGCUGGCGGGCACUGUCUGCUCCCUGCUGGCGGAGGGCGUGGGUGAGGCCGCCACCGCCUGGAUCCUGCCCUUCACGGCCGGCGGCUUCAUCUACGUGGCCACCGUCUCCGUCAUCCCCGAGCUCCUGCAGGAGGCGCGGCCGGCCCAGUCCUUGCUGGAGGUGCUCAGCCUGCUGGGCGGCAUAGUCAUGAUGGUCUUCAUCGCCCAAUAUGAGUAGAGAGAGCAGGCGGAGCUGCUGGCGCCGGCGGAGGAGGGGGAACAAAGGCCGCUGGAAGGAGCCACCCGUCUGAGUGGGGGCCCCCUCUCCCCCCCCCACGUUGCUCCAAAAGCCCGGCCCUUCCCGUCCUCCUGAGCAGGAAACGGGUCUGGCCGUCCAGGGGACCAACUUGUCUGUUCUGAAUGUCUCCAGGUUUCCCACGGGGCACCCUGGGAAUCGGUGCACACCUGCACUGCACCUGUGUGUUUGUGUGUGUGUGUGUGUGUGUGAGAGAGAGAGAGAGGCAGUGUGUGUGUGUGUAAGAGGCGGUUGGGCACUUCUUGCAAUUCCAGGGAGAGGAUUUGCACAGCCUGCCUCCCUCCCUCCUUUCUGCCGCAUGGUGCCGGCCUGUCGUGGCAGAGGGGCCGAGGCAAGGCUGGUGGCGUGGGACACACACACACACACACACACGAGAAUCAUGCUUUCAGGGGAGCCGGCUGACGUGCGGGCGUGUGCGUGCGAGUGUCAGCUGAAUGGGAAGAGAGACUCCCGGCGUACAUUUCUUUGAUAAUCUGUCCUUUUUUUAUACGACGGUGGGGUGGAAUCGGGGCGAGACUCGUGACCGGAAGGGAAGGUGGUGGGUGCCAGCUGGAAAGCAGCCAAGGGGCUUCCGGCCUCUUAUCUAAGGAGACGUGGCUUUUCCGUUGCUGGUCACUUUGGAGGAGGAGGACCUGGUUGCGUUUCCGGGAGGGAGGGAGGGAGAG